AUGAAACUCUCCACUGUGUACAUUGCCCUUUCAACAUUUGUCGCCUCGUCAUUGGCAUCUUCACCACCAUCAUCAGAUGAGUUAAAGAUUGACAUUCUCAACCAAGUUGAUUGUAAACGCAAAUCACAAAAGGGAGACACCAUAUCCGUCCAUUACAAGGGUACUUUGGAAGAUGGAACCAAAUUUGAUAGUUCUUGGGAUAGAGGUAUCCCAUUGCCAUUUGCCAUUGGUCAAAAUCAAGUGAUUACAUGUUGGGAGGAAGGGUUAUUGGAUAUGUGUAUUGGGGAAAAAAGGAGACUUUGGUGUCACCCUAAUAUUGCUUAUGGUGAGAAUGGUAUUGGGCCAAUCCCACCUAAUGCGGCGUUGAUUUUUGAGACUGAGUUGGUUGAUAUUGCUGGGGUUAAGUCAGAGAAAGACGAACAGGAACAGGGCGAGGAGGAGGAGGAGGAGGAGGAGGAGGUUGUGGUUGAGAGAGAUGAAUUGUAA